CAUGAAAGUUUGAUAUAGCGCCAUCAUCGACAGGGUUGCUUAGAAACAUAACGCAGCCGCAAACCAAUCAAUCAUCCCACCGAGAGUAUUUUUAAAGUCGUUCAUCGCAUGAUAUAACAAGAUGGAUGAAGAAGUAGACAUCAGGAUGGCCCCGCAGCAGGAUAGCAACAAGUUUGACAUGCUCUGUGAUGGCGUCCUCAACUCAGUAGCCUUGGUACAGGCAACACUCGUAGAGUUCCUCUCUUUGAAAGAUGAGCUCCUCGUCCAUGCUCUACCCCCUACACUGAUGGCAAGGCUUAUCAUGGUGUCGGGUAGAAUAUUCAGAAGCACCAACGACCUUCAGACCCCGGUCAACGAGCUGGUGAGACUGGUCAGAGUUUUCUCUGUUUCUUGGGAGGAGAAGAGUGCCGCCCUGAAGAAACUUCACAAUGACUACGAGAGCAAGCACAAGCAACUUAAUAUCGCCGUCAGACGACUGCAGCUCCUUGAUGCACAGGCAAAGAGAAUGGCCAAGGAGAAGAGGAUCAUGAUGUGGGAGAAGCUCUUCUCAAAGGUCACCAGCUGUAGAGGUCACGGACGGAGAUGGAAGUUCCUCAUUGAUAACUUCAAGCAGAAGUCUAAAUUAGGAAUGGAGCAUCUGCAAGCCUACAUUGAGUCGUUAGACAAGGAACCUGAUUCUGACGGGGAAGGUGGAGAUAUAGACGAUAGCAGUGAGCUAGAUGGCAGGAGUCAAUCGUCAGUCAACGAACUUCAGUUACUCAGCUCAUCCGAUGAACUUGAUUUCACGGAGGAGGAAUCGGAAGACGAGGAUGAUGGCAAAGGUCAUGAGAGUAACGCCAGAGCGACUGUACAAACACAGCAGGAUGAGCUGGAUAGUGACAUAGCCACACCAGCUAGCAAGCGAGUGACUUUCAACGACCCCAAGAAAGGAUUGGGAGGGGAUGGUCCAGAGGUUAUCCCAGAGAUGGUGAUUACGGUGGAGGUUCCUGCUCCAAAGCCCCCCUCUGCUGAUAAGACUGUUUGGACUCACGAGCCGGAGUAUGAUUGGUUCUUUAAUGUCAAGGUCUUCCAUCCAGUUGGUAUCACUGGAUCAGACAUCAAAUGCAGCAUCAAUUUCAAGAAAGACUUCAAGAAGACCGAGUUUUAUGCCAGACAAGUUUCAAGGGAAAAGAGUGGUAGAGUAUCACAGCUCCGGUCUGGGCGUGGCAUGAUCGGAUCCAAAGUAGGGAAGAACAGCCAGUCUCCCAAAACAGUCACAUUACAGGUUCCUGACGAUAAAAAGCUGGAUGACAGAUGGCAGAACCUGACAUUUCCUCUCGGUGACUCUCCUCUCUUUGAUAUGGAGGAUGCUCUAAUAAAGAAGGAUGAGGCCCCAGAUGAAGCCAAAGACGGAGAGAAGGAUGGCAAGAAAGAGCCUGAAGAAGACGAUGGAGAGGAGGAAGAAGGGGAAGACGGGAAGGAGGCAUCCGGCAGGGUCCAGUCCGGUCACUCAACGGUCUCGUCCCUGGGAGGUGAGAUGCCGGUCAAGCUAGGUGUCCAUCAAGGUCAUCUAGAUGAACUGAUCGCCAUGGGUAACAUCGACCUUGCUGACCUACGAGGCGAGGACAUUCCAAUAUUUGACAGUGCUGAUGACACUGGAGAGACCAUCCCUCACACGUUCCCCAUCUAUCCCAUCAAACCCAGCAGGAAGCUCAAAGCCAGCCCAGAAGCCCCUGCAGGCUCUCUACCAAUCAUCUUCUUCUACACACGCGUACACAAGCCCUUCACCUUUGAGAAGGACACAGAGACUGCUAGUAUUACUGAGAUUGUAGAGGACCUGACUGGAGUUGAUCUGACAAAGAUGAAGAAAGAAGAUCUUAGCAUCAACAAAGAAUAUGGCGAUCGCUGCCUCUCUGCGAUGACUGUCAGAUCAGCUACCCCUUCAGAAAAACCAGAAAUGGUAUCCAAGGCAGAGCUUGAUAUAGUAAUAGAACAACACAACCAGGAACUGACUGUACUAACUGAAGAUUUUGAAUCCAGGAUUCGAGAUCUGGCUGCUGCGUUGGAAGCUGUACAGACUGAUCAACUUAACCUUCUGAGUGGAGCACCACCAGGGCAAGGAAGUGAAACUGAAGAGAACGUUGUGGAGAUGGUUGCUACUUCUAGGUCACCCUUCAGGGGCUGGACGCCCGGUAAGGACAGCCAGCUGGUCAUCCCUCAGCCACCGGACAAGGACAGGUCAAGCAACAAGAAAAAGAGCAAGAAAACCGGGGUCAAAUUGCCAGAGUGGGGCAGCGACCUACCCAAGGAUUUCUUGGAGCGGCUGCAGAUGUUCAACGAGGAGAGUGAGAGAAGACGGCAGGAGCUGGAGAAGAAGACAAAAGAUGAAGUGAGCAGUCAUAUUGAGAAGCAGCUAGCUGGGACGUAUAAACUCAGCCUGCAGGAUGUCCAGAGUCCCGAUAGAACCAAAGACAUCAGCUUGCCGGCCGUGUUCAUGCCUACUAGGACUGGGCAGCUGUACAACCCUAGAGCUCAUCAUUACUUCCAUCCGACCGGUUCUAACGGUCAUCUCAGACUCACCCAGCCUCCUUCCAUCUUCCAGCUGCCACCCUUACCGGCAAAAAAUCAAAUGUCGGUGAUCAAUCUAUUUGACAUUAGGAAGAGCAUGAACUGGGCGAUGGCACAGGAAUGGGCAGAACGCAUUCCCCAAACCCCUGCAGAGCUGUUGGCACUUACCCCCCAUCCUGGCACCCCUAUGAGCAACAAUACAGAGCCCAAGGCUUACAUGGCUGCGGAUGAUGAUACCAGGCAGUAGCAUUUAGAAAUGGGGGAGAUUUAGUGCAACAGUUUUGGAGGGACCUUUUUUUUGUGAGCUUAUGCCUCCCUGCAUGGGUAGACCACAUACCCCAAACCCCUGCAGAGCUGCUGGCCCUCACCCCUCAUCCUGGCACCCCCAUGAGCAACAAUACAGAGCCCAAGGCUUACAUGGCUGCGGAUGAUGAUACUAGGCAGUAGCAUUUAGAAAUGGGGGAGAUUAGUGUAAAAGUUAUGGAGGGACCUUUUUUUGUUGUUGUGGUGAGCUUGUGCCUCCUCGUAUGGGCAGACCCCACACCCCUAAACUUUGUUUUAUGUCUUCCUUUCAUAUUUCAACUUUCAUAGUCAAUUAUAUUUCCUUGUAAAGUAUUACGCCGGUGACCAAAAAUCAACAUUAAGUUUGCCCAUCAGGGGGGUGUUUCACAAAACUUGUCAUUAGUGACAAAUGACAGUUUUUGUUAUAAGCUUGUGAAAUCGCUUGCUUCUGAUUGGUUAUCAGCAGAUUUGUCACUGACUUUUGUCAUCUGUCAUUGAAAUAGGGCUUUGUGAAACACACCCCCAGUACUUCAUUCUCUGUCAUCUGACAUCACAAACAUGUUAAACAAAGUAUUGAACAAAGUAGUGAACAAAACUAAGUGGCCUUCUCUUCAAGAAUAUUGUUUUAAUUAAAUUAUUGAAAUUCAAUAUAGAUGCUGUAGGUUCAAAAUGUUUACACAAAUUUUGUUUUUAAUAGCAGAUCACCAUUUUUCUUAAUGAAAUGUUACUGUAUUUGGGGUAGAAGAAAGUAUAUGUAGUUAUUCUUAAAAUUUAAAAUGGAAUUUGUGAAUUUUAAUACAUCAUGUACCAUGAUCUGUUUCUAAGACCAAAAUCAAUGAACUAUGAUUUUAAAAUUUGUCUGAUGAUGUAAUUCAUGGGUAUAACUUUUGUAAGACCAGGGGUUUAGAACAAAAAAAGAUCAGUGACUAGAAAUGUAUUUAUUAACUGACAAGAACUAAUAUUCCUGGUCACAGUUGCAACUUCAAUUUAAUUCAUCAUAGAGCAUAACCAUAUUACUUAUAAAAGUAAGUUUUCUUCUGAUUUCAUCUCAUUAAUUUUAUUUACUGUAAACGCUGUUAUUUUUGCGCGAUUAAUUUUUGGGGUUCUUAAAUUCGCGUUGCACCAAAUUCAGCCUGUUCAGAACAUGCAUAAGAAGUCAUGUUUAUAUUUUCACGGGUUCUCAAAUUCUCGGACGCCGACUUAAGCGCGAAAUCCGCGAAAAUUAAUGUACCGCAAAUAUUUCCGCGUUUACAGUAGUAUUCUUUUCAAUAAAUCUUAGCUUUGAUUGCUGUGAUUAUCUACAAAAAAGUACAUCUAUAUGUGUUUCUUCUUAUUACAAAUUUUGACUUCCAUAGAACAAUAUUUUUGAAACAGUUUUGACAGAAAACUAUUAUUAACAAAGAUUAUUAGGAAUAUUUUGUACAUAAGAACUUAAUGAAGAAAGGCAAAUGUACAUGUACAUCUAUUUUAAAGGAUAAUAUAUUUGCACUUUGGUAUAUUACCAAAAUCAUGAACCAAAGCUUUGAAUACCUUAUAUUCAUCGUGUAUAACAAAUAGUAUGUUCUUUAGUCUUGAAAAACAAUUAUAUAACUACAAAUAUAGUUUUCUAUGCAAUGUUUUUUCUAUGUACUAACAAUGUAAUCAUGUCUGCCGUCCUUGAUCAAAUGCCUCCUAAAUGUAUAUUUUGUAUAUUUGAUAAAUAAUGUAAAUUUGAAAUAAAUGAUAUAUCAUAUAAAUAA